UGUGGAUGGCUACAAUGUCACCGCUUGCGUUCACUCAGCGAGUAUGUAUAAAGCGAGCCGCUUGACUUUGCCAGUGACUUGGCGAAAGUGUGACGCUACUAUCGAAAAAGUUCCCGCUCAAAAAAUUAUUCAUAACCUAAAAUACAAGGUGUAAAGUGGUGCAACCUGUAAUUUGAAGUGAAAUUGGCGUUAGUGGUGAAGUGUGAAGGAAAGUGUGAGUAAUUUAGUUUUCUUGGAUCUUUUGAAAUCUAUAUAAGUGGUUUAUUACAAAAUAAUUCCAAGAUGUUUAUUCAAGUGAGAAGAGAUUCUGACAAUCGUAUAGAAAAAUUAGAUGUCUCAAAAUGUGCGUCAAUUGAAGUAGUAAAAGAAUCUAUAAGUAAAAUAUUCCAUGUGCCUGUUGACAAGCAAAGACUAUUUUUUGGUGGUAAACAGUUGGAAAAUGAAUAUAAUUUACUGGACUACAGGGUUAAUCUUAAUGAUAUGAUAAUAUUGAUGGUGAGAGAAGACGUUUCCAACAAAUCAUUGCCUGAAACCAAAAGUAUAGAAACUAAAGAUGAUGCAGCAAUAGACUACUCACUUGUGACGCCCAACGAUGUUCAGUACUACAAGGUGGGUGAUCGAGUCCAAUAUUAUGUUUCAUCCAGUGAUACGUGGUUCGAAGGCACCAUCAAAGGGAUUAACAUUCCAGAAGAAAACUUCCAAUUGAUUGAUCAAUCAAGUUUUACUAGUAAUGCAUCUUUUGAAGUAACUGAAUUGGAAUCCCAGAAAGUUUUUGAGCUCAGUUCUGGAGAUAUUACUCCAUAUUCUAAACUGCAGAUACCAUUUGGAUUUUUGAAAGUCAAUGACGAAAUAAUGGUAAACUACAAUUUAAAGAAUCCAGAAUGUAGAGGCAUCUGGUAUUUGGCAGUUAUUGCUUCUGUGAGUGUCGAUUCACUAAAAGUAACGUUGAAAACCCUCGUAAAUAAGAAGUUUGUGGAAGUAAAUGAUUGCAUUAUAAAUGGAAAAAUGGCUAAAUUUUUCUUCGCAUUAGAUCGUUAUGAAUAUCCUGAACAGAGUGAUUUAGAAAAAGUCUUGGAAAACUAUCAAGACUAUAAAUGCAGCCGCUGCAAAAAUAACCCAUCGAAAAAGUGUCGCCAAUGUGGCUGUGUGGUGUGUGGCGGCAAACAAGAUGAUUCAAAAACAAUCUUGUGCGACGAAUGUGACGACUCUUAUCAUCUGUAUUGUCUUGACCCUCCGCUUGAAGCAGUUCCUGAAGAUGAUUGGUAUUGUCAACAGUGUCGCCGUGACACAAAUGAGAUUGUUAAGGCUGGUGAGAAGCUCAAGUUUUCCAAGAAACGACAACAGAUGAAGUCUGUGACAAAUGAAACAACCCGUGAUUGGGGCAAAGGCAUGGCAUGCGUUGGCCGAACCAAAGUAUGUAGUAUUGUGCGAUCCAACCAUUUUGGAGUUGUUCCUGGGGUUGAGGUUGGAACUUGCUGGAAGUAUAGAAUUCAGGUGUCGGAAGCAGGCAUCCACAGGCCGCACGUGGCCGGCAUCCAUGGGCGCCACGACGAGGGCGCCUACAGCAUCGUGCUGAGUGGCGGCUACGAGGACGACAUCGACUCGGGAGACACAUUCAUCUACACGGGGUCGGGCGGCCGCGACCUGACAGGCAACAAACGCACGGCACAGCAGAGCAGCGAUCAGGAGCUGACUCGCAACAACCUGGCGCUCGCUCGCAACUGUGCGGCGCCCAUCAACGCAGUCAACGGCGCCGUCGCAAAGAACUGGAAGAAAGGCAAGCCGGUCCGCGUCGUGCGCAACUUCAAGGUCAACAAGCACUCCAAGUACGGCCCGGCCGAAGGCAACCGCUACGACGGCAUCUAUAAAGUCGUCAAAUAUUACCCUGUCAAAGGCAAAUCAGGUUUCACCGUGUGGAGGUACGAGCUGAAGAGAGACGACCCCACCCCGGCCCCUUGGACUAAAGAGGGGAAACAGUUCAUCGAGGAUCACGGACUCAACCAAGUCAUCUGUCCCGAAGGUUACGAGGAAAACCAGAAACCCGAGAAAACAUCUCGAAAACGCGCUUUAUCUGACAUAUCUGAGACCACAAACAAAAAACCAAAAAUCGUUCCAUACAAGCUAGAAAAUUCAUUGAAAAAUCUCAUAGAGUCCGAUAAAAACAAUGAGAAACUAUGGAAGACCCUCAUGACAUUCGUUUCGGAAGGUAAACAAAAAUUUCUUAGUGAAAUCCAAGCAGCAUUCGAGUGUAUCUGCUGUCAGGAAGUGGUCAAUCUCCCCGUCAGUACACCCUGCAACCACAUAUUCUGUAAAGAUUGUCUCAAUCGCUCAUUCAAGGCUGAAAUUUACUCAUGUCCCACCUGCCGGCAUGAUUUGACAUCGACAUUUAAAAUGGUCGUGAAUUCGAAAUUGCAAGAAGUGUUGAAUGGUUUGUUACCUGGGUAUGCUGAAGGGCGUUGAUGAAUUAUUAUCAUUAUUAUUAAUCACAUUAAUCAAUUGUUGAUCAGUCAUUAUUAUUAUUUUAUUCUUGGAGGAACUUUAAUAGGUUAGCCACAAUAUUAUGUGGAAUCGGUGUAAUAACUACAAUAAUACAGUGAUAAUAGUAUAAAUCGAACUAUAAGAGAAAUUGAUUUAUCAACUCUUUAUUUGAAUUUUGUAUCAUGCUAUUGUAAUUAACAUUAUCAAUAGUUCAAUUGUAUCAUAACAUGCUAUGACAAUGGUCAAGAAAUAUAUUUUCAAAAAUAUUAAUUUUAUAUUCUUUGUAAUUCGUCAAUGACUUUCUCAUUGCCAUCGUUACGGAAGGCAAACAAAAAUUUCUUAGUGAAAUUCAAGCAGCAUUCGAGUGUAUCUGCUGUCAGGAAGAGGUCAAUCUCCCCGUCAGUACUCCCUGCAACCACAUAUUCUGUAAAGAUUGUCUCAAUCGCUCAUUCAAGGCCGAAAUUUACUCAUGUCCCACCUGCCGGCAUGAUUUGACAUCGACAUUUAAAAUGGUCGUGAAUUCGAAAUUUCAAGAAGUGCUGAAUGGUUUGUUACCUGGGUAUGCUGAAGGGCGUUGAUGAAUUAUUAUUAUUAAUCAAUUGUUGAUCAAUCAUUAUUAUUAUUUUAUUCUUGGAGGAACUUUAAUAGGUUAGCCACAAUAUUAUGUGGAAUCGGUGUAAUAACUACAAUAAUACAGUGAUAAUAGUAUAAAUGUAACUAUAAGUAAGAAAAAUUGAUUUAUCAACUUAUUAUUUGAAUUUUUUCUCAUUUUAUUGCAAUUAACAUUAUCAAUUGAUGUAUCAUUAACAUGCUAUGACAAUGGUCAAGAAAUAUAUUUUCAAAAAUAUUAAUUUUAUACUCUUAGUAAUUCGUCAAUCACUUUCUCGAUGUUUCAACAUUUUAUUCAAACUCUAUAGCAUGCUAUUGUAGUUAAUUCUUGAGAUCGAAGACAUUUAACCUUAUUAAAUGUUAAUUUAUGUUACAUUUGUUUAUUAUUAUAACCAGAUAAUAAUAACCUAUAAUAAUAAUAUUUUUCUGCAAUAUUCAAUAGGUAAUGGUAAUUUCUUUGAAUUUUGAAAUGUCUUUAUAAGGGAAAUUUGUAAAAAAACACAAUUAUUUGGAUUAAAAAAAUU